AUGGCGGCUACUCACACAUCAGGUUCGGCAUUGGGGAACUACCUCGUCCUCUACAAUACUCUAUCUGCGCUCCUGCGCGGUUUGAUCAUCGCUCGGACGGUCCACCUCUGGGGCGCUCUUGGGACGCCGGCAGUAUGGGGCGAGCUCCAUGUCCUUGCCCGCUGGGCCGAGACCAUUACGGCCGUUGAAGUCAUUCACGCUGCGGCGGGCUUGGUGCGUGCCGCCCCUGCCACCGCCGCUCUUCAGGUGGCUGGCCGCAACACCAUCGUCUGGGCGAUCACGCGAAACUAUCCCGACGUUGCCGCAAGGGAGUGGGCAUAUCCGUGUAUGCUCAUUGUGUGGAACGCGGCGGAUAUCCUGCGGUACACAUACUAUGUUGUCGACGGAGGAUCAGGGCAGGCGCCUCGGUUCUUGUCGUGGCUUAGAUACAACAUGUUCAUCGUUUUGUACCCGGUUGGCAUCCUGUCUGAGAUGUGGCUGGUGCACCAGGUCAUUCAGCCUUCGAAAGCUCGCAGCAGCACUUACCAAUAUCUCCUCUGGUUGGGCCUGCUCAUCUACGUUCCGGCUUUUUAUAUUCUUUACGGCCACAUGUUGUCUCAACGGAGCAAGGCAGGGCGGAAGCCUGCGAAACCCAAGGGUCUCUGA